AUGCAAAAAGCGCGCGAGCGAGUCGUCCCGUCGUUGUCGUCGUCGUUGUUGUUGGCUGGAGCUGUCUGUGUGUGCUCCCUCCCUCACGGCCUCGCACUCACUGGUUCGUGGAGGAUCGGUUCGGCUCGGGCUCAGGCUCAGGCUCAGGCUCAGGCUCAGGCUCAGGCUCAGGCUCAGGCUCAGGCUCAGGCUCAGGCUCAGGCUCAGGCUCAGGCUCAGGCUCAGGCUCAGGCUCAGGCUCAGGCUCAGGCUCAGGCUCAGGUUCAGGUGCGCGCUCGACAGGAGCGCCGCCGCCAGCUGGAGCGCUGGCGAGAGCGACAGACAGCGGGGUUUGCCGUGCCUGAGCCGUCGGGGACAAAGCAAUCUGAUGACACGGAUCACGUUCAUUUUGACGUGGAUGUGAUGCUUUUAUCUGCGGCCGCUCAACAUGAUCUUCCCGAGGUUCAGCGCCUUCUCUUGCAGCCAAGCGUCAAUGUCAACGCCGGCAAUACGGAUGGUCUCACGGCCCUGCACCAGGCUGCCCUUGAUGGCCACGUGGCCAUGGGCCAGGCCCUAUUGGAAGCGCAUGCCGAUCCCAAUGUAGUUGACAACGAGGUGCGCUGCGCUUGCACAGUCCGCGCUCCGGACAUGCGCCACAACUCAACAAGUCCCACCCCAUUCAAUAGCACUGGACACCGCUGCACGCUGCUGCUGCCCAAGGCCACACAGAAAUGGUUGUUGGUGAAGCACGGCGCCGAUUUAAUGGCAGUCAAUGUCGAUGACCAAUUACCAAUAGACCUGGCCCGCGAUAUAGCCAACCGUGAAGAUCCUCCCGAAUGCGACGACCCAGAGGCACUCGCUGAUGCCCUAUCCGAUCUUCUGGGCUCUUUUAUGACCGCACAAGGUCUCGACGCGGCCGCUGCUGAAGCUCGUCGUUUUCAGAGUCGGCGUCAGAUGGAGGCAAUCGUGGCCAGUAUUGAGGCAGGCCAAUCGGAUGUCAAUGCCCCAGUCACGGCCGAUCACGCCACGGCACUGCACAUUGUGGCCGCACACGGCUGGGCCGACUUGGUGGAUCGACUCUUGACCCUAGGCGCGUCUGCCAAUCAGCCAGACGACGAUGGCUACACCCCCAUGCAUGCUGCCGUCGCCUUUAGCCAGAUUGAAAUCGUUCUAGCCCUUGUGGAUGGUGGCGGGCAGGUUGAUGUGCAGACAAAUAAUGGCCUUACACUGGCCGACCUGGUUCACCCAGACGACGACACCAUGCGGAAAUUGGUUCCGCUUUUGCCACAACGCGUACUUGAUAGACAGAAUAGUUUGCGCCGCGCUCGCGCCAAGGCACAGCCGCAGUCUGCGGCAAGUUUAGCGGGCAGUGCUGCCGAAGGUUCCGUUGAGCCGUCUUCGUUGUCCGACAAUGACUUAUUGUCUUUAGAGGGACUUGAUACUGCUGGCCCCAAUAUCGAGUCGGACCAUGUCAUUACCCCACCUCCGCUGGCUGACGCUUCGCCCGAGGAUUCGUCCACCCACACCCCGGAUACAAGUCCUCCCAGUGGUGACGAACACCACACCGUCAUGUUAGAGCGUGGCUCCAUUAGCUCUUUUACCCCACCAAGCUCUGGCGUCGAGGAUGCCAGCCCCAUGACUCGCCGUCUCUCCAGCGUGCGUGCUCGCAAGCAGCUUUCUCGGUUGCCAGAGGACCUCCAGAAAACGCUGGCAGAUGAAUCACCCGAAGUUGUUCGGCGCUCCAGCAUUACACGGAGCAUGGGCAGCAGCAAGCGUGAGGCCGCCACCCGGGACCGUCAGCAGGAGCGCAUUGCCAUUUUCAGUGGGAGCACCUCUGUCCUGAACCCAGCGCCUCGUCUCAGCUUUGAUCUCACCCAUGAGGAUGUGGGUGAAGAGGCAACUGUCAGCGAGAUGCUGCCCGUUGAAUUCGAGACGCCUUUGGACGCGGCUGAACCCGUUGUUUUUGAGCCUUCGUUCAAGGAUGAUGCACCGCCAGAUCUGGACAGCACAAUUGUGCCCGGCGAGCUGGCAGUGGUGGACAAUGGCUCCGAUGACCCUCUAUUGACAUCUUUGACGACUCGCUUAAACCAAGCUUUGGACCGCGUCCAGCAUCAUGCGGAGCAGGCCAUGGAGCACGCUGUACGAGCACGGGCGGCCCGCGAUGAAGUCAAGGAGCUCUGGCGCUUGCUGCAGGUCACUGUACCAAAUCACACGAUUCCACACCCUUUUCGGUCUCGCUCCAAGAGCCCAAAGACCCGGUCCAAGCAUGGCAUGCGCUCCAAGAGCCCCAAACCUGGACGCAAGCCCGUGUGCCGCCCUCGAAGUGAUCACGGGCGUGAAAGUCGGGGCUCGACUGGCUCCAUGGAGCGGAGUAAAUCGGCUGGUGCGCGGGGUCACCACCAUCGAGUCCCAACGAGAAGCAGCGACAGCAAGCUCCGACCCACGAGCUCAGGUGGGGCUCUUACUGAUGGGCGUCACGAACUGGACAAGGAUGCUCACCAUGCCGCGCGCCGAGUUGUGCAUAGGAGCAUUCAGAUGUGCCGUAGAGAUGAGGUCAAGCUGACAGACUUGCGAGUCAAGUUUUUGUUUUGCUUCAAUUCAAAAGGGAAAAAGAAAAGAGAGGUCGGAUUGACGCACAAACGUCACGGCAAAGACACGGCGACUCCAGCUAACAGUCGCAACGGGACCUGUUUGUCAAGCUUGAAAACAAGAGAAAUCAACAACUUUGUGGGACGACACGCCGAGUCGCUCACUCGGGGUGGGCGGAAACUCAAGCAUGCUGAACAAAAGACUCUGGGGGAGUCACGACACGAUUCCAACUCUCGUGUCAACCCCAAUGGGACGUGGAGAAACGCGCAAAAGAUAAGAGCGUUGGCCACAACAAAAGAAGGGAGCGAAGAAAAAGAAGGCGAAAAGCUGACGGAGAAGCAACGGGGGGCAGUUCAACGGGGAAACCCAAACGGGCACAGAAAAAGAGACGAGGUUGAAGGCAGCAGGCUAAAGCUGCUUCGACCAACACGGGACAGGGACGUUUGUGUAAGCAAAGCACAGAGCUAACAGGACCGAAAAAGAGUUACGAAAAGAAAAGAAAAAAAAAAACGGUAAGGAAAAACAAAAGGUUGCAGAGCGGUGCUUGGGGCACAUGUCCUCGCUAUAGGUGUUGCUUGGCAGCCUACGGGCCGCGCGAUGCGCUGGCAGCCCACAAGGAUAAAAAAGCACCACUGCGGUGGCGUUCAUUGCGCUUAGACAAGUUCAGUCUCCGG